AUGUCCAGCGCCGCCGCCGCCUUCCGCCUGGGCCAGCGCGUGCACGCCGCCGGCGACCCCCGCCGCGUAGGCACGGUGCGCUACCUGGGCCCCGUAGAGGGCCACGCCGGAGACUGGGUCGGCGUCGACUGGGACGAUGGCGCUGGCGGCCGGCACGACGGCUCGCUCGGCGGCCGCCGAUACUUUGUCGCCUCGGGAGAGUGCUCGGCCUCCUUCGCGCGCCCCACCGCGCUCAGCGGAGGGAUCUCACUCCCGGAUGCGCUCCGCCUACGCUACCGCGUUCAGGACUUCACCAAGGAGGAGCAGGAUGAGAUGUAUGUCUUCUCGACAAGCCAGAAGCGUGUCUCGGUUGAAUUUGUUGGCACAGACAAAGUUCAGGAGAAGCUCAACAACUUCAAUGAGUUGACCAGUGCAUCCGUUUCGUACAUGGGAGUGAGCUCAAUUGGAGCGCCGAAUGAACUAAAGAGUUUGGUUCCAAAUCUCAGACUUCUUGACUUAACUGGAAAUCUAUUCUCACAGUGGCAAGAUAUAUCCUCUCUUUGCCAAGCACUAGCAUCCCUGGAAGUUCUUAACUUGACAAACAAUACCAUGGAGAAUGAUGUUAUAGAAACUCCAAUGCUCAAGAAUAUCCGAAUUCUUGUUCUCAACAACUGUAGUGUAACAUGGGAACUGGUUGAAAAGAUUAAAGUUUCCUUUUCAUGUAUCAGUGAACUCCACCUGAUGUCAAACAGGCUCAAUAUGAUCAUGGAUGUUAGGCUUUCUGAUAAUCCUAUAGCUGAUCCUGCCAAGGGUGGUGCUCCUCGUUUUGUGCUUGUUGCUCGACUUGGGAAAGUUGGAAUACUAAAUGGCAGUGAGAUAAGCCCACGUGAACAAAGGGAAUCUGAAAUACGAUAUGUCUGCCUUGUUAUGGGAAAAAUAGAACCAAAUGACCCAGAAGAGAUCAAACGGCUGCACCCUAGAUUUGCUGAACUGAAGUCCUUUCAUGGUAUUGAAGAUGAGAAGCCAACUUCAAGCACAUCGGGGCCACAAAAGAUGGCUUCUGGUCUUAUAAGUGUUACAUUGAAAUGUGUGGGGCCAUCAUUGGGUGAAAAGCAACCACUGACAAAGAAACUGCCUGCUACAACAACUGUUGGGAAGUUAAAAUCUUUGUGCGAAAGCUUCUUUAAACUGAAGGACAUAAAAGUGAGACUGUUUGUCGAAGAAGAGGGAUUCCCUCUACCACAACUUCUGGAGGAGGACACGGCCUCUCUGAUGGAGCUUGGAAUUGGCUCGGGCGCAACCAUUGUUGUGGACGAAGAGAGCUAA